AUCAGACAGGUUACAUAGACGAUCGAAGUGUCAAUUUCAACAGCUUCAGGUAGUCGUAAGAUUGUAACCGUGGUUCGUGUUCGGCAGCACUGCAAGACAAAGCAGUAGUACUAGUAGUCGAACUCUAAUGUAGCCUAUUGAACAAAGAGACGUGAUCCUGUACAAGAUACCAGUCUGACAUAAAGGCGGCAAGCAAGCAGACACGGUGGUCGCGGUAUAGUAUUAUUAUAGAAGCAUGGAUCCGUUACUAUACCUUGGGGGUUUAAUUGUUUUGUUUCUUUUAUGGAUCAAAGUAAAGGGUUUAGAUUAUGUUAUAGUUCACCAGCGAUGGAUUUUCGUCUGCCUCUUUCUCUUACCACUAUCCGUAAUAUUCGAUGUGUAUUAUUAUGUAAGAGCAUGGGUCAUCUUCAAGAUGUGUUCUGCACCGAAGCUGCAUGAUCAACGGGUCAGAGACAUACAAAGACAGGUGCGAGAGUGGAAAAAGGAGGGGGCGAAGACUCACAUGUGCACUGGGCGCCCUGGCUGGCUGACCGUGUCCCUGAGAGUGGGCAAGUACAAGAAAACCCACAAGAACAUCAUGAUCAACAUGAUGGACAUCUUGGAGGUGGACACCGAGAGACAGGUAGUGCGUGUUGAACCUCUGGCCAAUAUGGGUCAGGUGACGGCUCUACUCAAUGCCAUUGGCUGGACGUUACCAGUGUUGCCAGAGCUGGAUGACCUCACCGUAGGAGGUCUGGUCAUGGGCACCGGGAUCGAGUCCUCCUCACACAUCUACGGCCUUUUCCAGCACAUCUGUGUGGCCUACGAGCUGGUCUUGGCGGACGGCAGUCUGGUCCGAUGCACUGAGGAAGAGAACACCGAUUUGUUCUAUGCAGUGCCCUGGUCCUGUGGAACCCUGGGGUUCUUGGUCGCUGCCGAGAUAAAGAUCAUCCCUGCAAAGACCUGGGUGAAGCUCCGCUAUGAGCCGGUGCGUGGCCUCAAUGCCAUCUGCCAGAAGUUUGCCAGUGAGUCGGCCAACAAGGAGAACCAGUUUGUGGAGGGCCUUCAGUACUCCCUGGACGAAGCAGUGAUUAUGACUGGCACCAUGACCGACGAGGCAGAGCCAGACAAGAUCAAUCGCAUUGGGCUGUACUACAAGCCGUGGUUCUUCAAGCACGUGGAGAGCUUCCUGAAGACAGACCACACGGCCGUAGAGUACGUCCCCCUGAGACACUACUACCACAGGCACACACGCAGCAUCUUCUGGGAACUGCAGGAUAUCAUCCCGUUCGGCAACAAUCCCUUCUUCCGCCUGGUGUUUGGCUGGAUGGUGCCCCCUAAGAUCUCGCUGCUGAAGCUGACGCAGGGGGAGACGAUUCGUCAACUCUACGAGGAGCACCACGUGGUGCAGGACAUGCUGGUGCCCAUGAAGCACUUGCAGGCGUCCAUCUCCCGCUUCCACGAGGACAUCCAUGUAUACCCUCUGUGGCUGUGCCCCUUCCUGCUGCCCAGCCAGCCUGGCAUGGUGCACCCGAAGGGCAACGAGGACGAGCUGUACGUGGAUAUCGGCGCUUACGGGGAGCCCAGGGUCAAGCACUUCCAGGCCCGCGCCUCCUGUCGCCAGCUGGAGAAGUUUGUGAGGGAAGUUCAUGGAUUCCAAAUGCUUUAUGCUGAUGUCUACAUGGAGCGACCAGAAUUCUGGGAAAUGUUUGACGGAAGCCUGUACCAUAAACUCAGGGAUGAGUUGAAUUGCAAGGGUGCCUUCCCUGAGGUGUAUGACAAAAUCUGCAAGUCUGCGCGACACUAAUUUCCAAACCUGACAGAAGUUGUAAGAUCCCACGAAGUGACCCCUCUGUAAGCCUAGGAGCCUUGUUCCAGACCUCAGUGAUGUUGUAAAGCACACAAUAUCAUGCUUUCUUUAAUCCUACACACCAUAUUUUUACAAAUAUAUUUUUGAACCACCCAUUUUAUAACAAACCAACUAAAAAAGAGCCAUUUUGAUAGGAAAGCACAGAUUAACUUUACACUAGAUCGGUACAAGAUACAUUUCUAUUUUUGACUAGAAUUUCAAGCUGAACUGUUAACAUUCUGGAUUAACACUAUAACAUCAACUCUAGACCAGUGGCAUUUGAAGAAUGCGUGAUAUCUGAAUGGCCUACAUUAUCUGUCUCUCCCACUUUACAAUCUCUCUCUCUCUUUCUCUUUCUCUCUCUCUCUCUCUCUCUCUCUCUCUCUCUCUCUCAGCAAAGGGUUCCAUGUGUGCACUUAAUGUAAUGCUGCCCAUAGAGUCUCUCUCUCCCACUGAUGAAUGAAGUCGUUUGUAGUGUGUGUCACUACAGUGCAUCCUAUUCCUGGAUGCCUUCCUUUUGUGUUGCAUGUCAUAACAUUAAUAACUCGGUGAACAAUACUGUGAAUUAGGUUCAUUUUACCAAAGGCUCUGCGAAAACGUCUAUUUGGUGGAGUGUGGUGUUGUAGACAUUAAGCACUUGAAGCAGGGUUUCACCAAUAUGCUUGCCAUCCCUUUUAUUAUAUUUAAUGAUUUUUGCAGAAUAAUACUGUUAUUUGAAUAGAUCUGCUGCUCUCUAACUCUCUGAAAGUGCCACUGUAACUAUUUUGUCUACAAACAGGAAUGUAAGAGCAAAAUACUUCUUGUUUUCUUAUUUCUCUUCUAUCUGUAAGUCACUUUUGGCAAACCUACAUACGUUUAACCUCCUAUAUUCCUCUGAUUCCUUUUUAUAUAUUUGUAUGGUUUAUUGUGUGGUCAAAACAACACUUAACAGAACAAAACACUUUCCACCUAAUAUUGGUACGGCUUAUUUUUAAAAAAAUAUUUGUUAGUGGCCCAAAAUGAACACCUCUCUCUUCACUUUAAAAGCCUAUACUUAAUAGCCGUCUCAAUGUUUUGCUAUAAAUUGAUAUAACAUUCUUUCUUUUUGUUUAUUUUGUCUAGCAACUUUGAGUGGUAAAGCAUCUGUUAAUAAAUAAAAAAAUAAGCAUACUGUAUUAUUUUGAGAUACUUGAAAGCACUCAAGUGUCGGAUCUUCAUGUUGAUGAUCGAGUCUGUAGUCUAUCAGACAGGCUAUUUUCAUCCUUUGGGUUUGAGAGAAAAUGUUAUCGUCUCAUUUUUGUAACGCUGCUGCUGCACUUGUAAUGCAUAAAUGCCCAAUAAAACCCUGAAACACUCAAAA